CGUCACUUCCUGGAGACUGGCUGAAUCCGGAAGUGGUCCCCGAGGACGAGUUGCGGCUGAGGACCCCGCAGUGGUGCCAGCUUGGGGACCAUGAGCUGGAUUCCUUUCAAGAUUGUGCAGCCCAAGAAACAGAUUGUCUCCAAAACAGUGGAGAGAGACUUUGAAAGGGAGUAUGGAAAACUGCAGCAGUUGGAAGAGCAAACCAGAAGGCUGCAGAAGGACAUGAAGAAGAGCGCUGACGCGGACUUGGCCAUGUCCAAAUCUGCGGUGAAGAUCUCCUUGGACUUACUCUCUAACCCCCUCUGCGAGCAAGACCAGGACUUUCUGAACAUGGUGACAGCUCUGGACACAGCCAUGAAGAGGAUGGACGCCUUCAACCAGGAGAAGGUGAACCAGAUCCAAAAGACCGUGAUUGAACCUUUGAAAAAGUUCGGCAGCAUCUUUCCCAGCCUCAACAUGGCGGUUAAGCGGCGAGAGCAGGUCUUGCAGGACUACAGGAGACUGCAGGCCAAGGUGGAGAAGUAUGAAGAGAAGGAGAAGACAGGGCCAGUGCUGGCCAAACUCCACCAGGCCCGAGAAGAACUUCGACCUGUGCGGGAUGACUUUGAGGCCAAGAACAAGCAGCUCCUGGAUGAGAUGCCACGGUUCUACAACAGCCGGCUCGACUACUUCCAGCCCAGCUUUGAGUCUCUGAUCCGAGCACAGGUCGUAUACUACUCGGAAAUGCAUAAGAUCUUCGGAGACCUGACCCAGCAGCUUGACCAGCCUGGCCACCUGGAUGAGCAGCGGGAACGGGAGAAUGAAGCCAAACUGAGCGAGCUCAGAGCCCUCUCCAUCGUGGCUGAUGACUGACUCGCUCCCCUCUAAGGAGGCUCCUGGGAUCCAAGUCAGCCUGUUACCUCUGCCCCUUUCAAGCUUAGGCUUAGACUUUGGCCAGCCAAAGGCCGCCCCUGGGAGGAGUACAGCCACAGGUGGGCUGGGAGAGCAACGGUUCAGCGCUGCACACAGCCCGUUGGAAGCAACCAGCCAGUCGCCAGACCCCCAAGCAAGCUGACACCUCCCCACUCAUAGCAAGAACCCAAGAGAAGGUAAGGCGUGGCGAGAACCUCUGGGGCCUUCUUCCAAAAGCCAUCCAGAGCCCAUCCUGGCCUGGGCCCAAGCGAGCUUGCAGGCCACGGCCUCUGUUGGUGCAUUUGCGCGCUCAUCCUGGCUUGUGGUCAGGAUCGCCAUCUACCUCCACAUGACCCUUCCUGGUGCCCCACUUCCAAAGACAUCUUUCUCAGAGGCCCAGGAGCUCUGCUGCUCCAGCCUUCUCGCACGAGUUAGCUUAGCCCACUUCCUUACGUCAAAUGCAGGGAAGAGCCCCACUGACCCCAGUCCUGUAGCUUCCCUGGGAAACCAGGACUCAUAUAAAUGCUCUACCACAGACUAUCACCCCCAAGUCAGAGACCUCAAAGCAACAACAUUGGGUUUGUCUCACCCGAAUUUUUGUAAUUUUAUUUUUUCAAUAAAAUGUCCACAACUGUGCUGUUGCUGAGGAUCAACACAACGUCCCAGUCCCUUUCAGGGUUACACUGCCCCUGCUGAGCUGGCAGGGCCUCGCGGCUGGACAGCAGCCUUCAGCCG